GCUCCUUUCUUUCGCAUCAACUGCUACCCUCAUAAUUUUCUCAAACAAGCAAUAAUGUCUUUCGCAGCCGUGAUCUUGUCUUGGUAUACAUGGGCAGGUCUCCUUGCCUUACCUUUACUCGUCCUCCUAAACGAUGUUAAAACAUGGUCUCGCAUGCCCCCUGGGCCUACACCGCUACCAUUCGUUGGCAAUAAGUUACCAAAGAACAAACCUUGGAUCCAAUUUGAGGAGUGGUCCAAGAAGUACGGCCCAAUCUUCACAAUAUGGGUUGGCAGACGGCCUACUUUGGUUAUUUCGGAUCCCGAGAUUGCCGUUGAUCUGAUGGAAAAACGUAGUAACAAAUAUUCCUCAAGACCUCGUUUUGUGGUCAUGGGCGAAAUGUUGGGUACAGGCUCGGUGCUUGUCCAGCCGUACGGCAAGGCCUGGUCUAUGAGACGGAAGCUACUGCAUCGGGCCAUGACACCUGCUGUACUGAAGACGUACAAACCUCGUCAAGAAGCAGAGUCCACGCGGCUUGCCUUUCAAGUCCUGCAGAAUCCCGCCAAUUGGGAACGUGCGUUCGAUAGGUUUACUGCAAGUGUGGUGUUCUCCAUUUCAUAUGGUCAUCGUAUCGACUCUGUCGAUGCCCAGAUCAUCCGAGAAAGGUUGAAAUUCAUGCAGUUCAUGGCGUCGCUAAAUGUGCCCGGUGCAUAUAAAGCGGAAUCGUUCCCUAUUUUGAAGUAUAUCCCAAGUUCGAUCGCCCCAUGGAAGAGGGACAUCGAGGAGCAGGCAAGAGCUGAAACAAAUGCAAAUCUUGCUUUGAUUGAGGGUGUGAGGGAAGACAUCAGGAUUGGAAAGGAGAAGGGCCACGCAGUUGCUCCAUCCCUUGCUCAGACUCUACUUGCUGUUCGAGAUGAGGAGCAAAUCCCGCUUCCAGACAAGGAUUUCUCCUUUGUUCCAGCGUCAUUGUUUGGAGCAGGGAGCGAUACAACAGCAUCAACGAUGUGCUCCGCAAUCUUGGCUUUCGUAACCCACCCUUAUUCGCUUGAAAUUGCACAUGCCGAAAUGGACGCUGUCAUCGGGACCGAAAGGACACCAACUUUCGACGAUGAGAUGAACUUGCCGUAUCUUCGUGCUCUAUGCAAAGAAGUCCUCAGGUGGCGUCCAGUAGCUGUCCUUGGUGGAACUCCCCACGCAAGUAGCGAAGAUGAUGUGUACCAAGGCUGGCGUAUCCCUACAGGGACGACGAUACUGGGAAACUCUUGGGCCAUCAACUUGAACGAAGAGUAUUAUCCCAAUCCUCAUCAUUUCAACCCAGCACGGUUUCUUGAUCAAAAGGAUCCAAGAUACCAGCCCGAACUUAAAGGGGUCAAGAAUCAUCCUGCAAAAGCUGGACAUUCAAGUUUCGGUUGGGGUAGAAGAAUUUGCCCUGGGGCAGAUCUCGCAGCGAACUCAUUGUUUAUUGCUCUCUCGAAACUCAUCUGGUCAUUUGACAUUCUUCCAACUCGAGAGUAUGACACUUUCGACUACACAGAUGGUUUCAAUAUCCGCCCGAAACCAUUCGAUUGCCAAAUUCGGAUUAGAAGCGAGCAGCAUUUGAAGACUUUGGAAAAGGAGAAAGUUGAAGCGGACAAGUAUAUGGAAAUGUUUCCUGCUUAUCAGUAAGAAGACCUAAGGGUCCUCCGCAGAGGUAAAAUUCCCCUUGCAAAUGGUACAGCGUUCAUGGUGAAAGAAGCAUAUCAUAUUGAAGUGGAGAUGAACAUACCUGUGGUUAAGCUGUCACGAACACCUAUAAGAAUGAAAGCGUAUCUAUACGUUAAAAGUCUAUCAGGGUAUAGUCAUCGCU